CCGCAGGAAUAAAUCGUAAAAAAUUGAAAAAAGUAAUAAUUAUAUACAUAAUCUUCUAACAAAUAUUACGAUAUUUUCUAUUUAUUUUUCAUAGUACUUAUUGUUCGACAGAAUUGAAAAUCUAAGAAUGCCAAGACCCGGCCAUUAAUUUUCGAGCCUGACGGACCUCCUACCUACCUCCUACCCAACUUACCCAACUUACAUACUAGCCUCGCUAAUCUCUUGAUUCACACUUUGACCCUACCUUAAUAUUCACAAAAGACUUAUUUGCUCUUCAUCAUCACCACCGAUUCAAACCUGAUUCGAAGGGAUAAAUCGGACAACUCACCUUCAAAAUGCCAAACUAAAAUUCAUCCCAACCUAUUAUAUACCAACACAAUUUACCAAUGGACGGCCAACUCUAAGUCUUAUAAGCUCUCCAUUAGAGCUUUGUAGACAAAGCAACUACUCUUAAAUACGCAUAGUGUGAAGAGUUAGAGAAAGUAUGGCAGAAUCGUCACCGCUAAAAGCUACUCCUAAGCGUAAGCGCGACGAUGUGCUCAACGAGCGACGCGUUGUCGACUCUUCCCUAAAUACGUAUAGCCUACCUAGAACUACCUUCUCCUUUCAACCUCCGCUGCUGAAACCAGUGGAGACCUCUCGAAACGAUGAUCCUGAGGAUGGUAACAGUAGCCCUCGAAGUAAGGUCGCUCAGAAAUUCCAAGAACUAGCCCUUGGAAGUGGGGGCGGGGUAAUUCGCAAUGACAGGGUCGAUGGCUCUGUUUUAAAGGGAACGCGAACGGAAACAGGAUCGGAUGAGGCUAGUCCACAAUUUGCAAUUGAUAGCCCAAGGUUUUCGCCAGAGCUCACCAUCUUCGAUUUUGAUGGAGGUAUCAAAGGUAGCACGUCUAUCGAAGACAUGCAGCUCGACGAUGACGAUACCGCAUCGCGUAAGCGUAUCAAGUUAGCUAACCUUACCGAACAUCCAAACGCUUCUAAGGUAGGACCGGAGGGAGAAGCAUACGUAACGGAUCCUAACCCUCCUGGGCCUCCUCACUCGCCUCGAUUCACCUUGCAAACAGCCGUGGACCCUGCUAUAUUAAGGACGGCGAAGACGGAAGGUUCAGGUCGUCUUCAAAAAUCGUACCCAUCUAUCAACCGCCUAUCGGAAUCUAAAUCGCGCGUUCGAAAACGAUCGGGUACCCCUCCUUUAGCAAAGCGUAAAACGACAGAAGCCUCCGCCGAGGAAGAACAUACUAUCAUUGACCCCGUUCGUGCAGCACUUACGUGGCAUGAAGAUGAAAUUACUAUAUAUGAUCCCGAGGAUAAAGAUGACGACGGUACUGGUAUCAACGGUAUUGGCUUCAGACCAACUCCUGCUUUAGCAUACGCGCGGGCGCAGAAACGAAGACAGCAGCUGGCUGAGUAUAGAAAACGCGAGGAGAGCGAAGCCAGAGCGAAGAGAAGCCAACGUCGUCGACAACGGGUCGGGAACGCCGUGGAAUUGGAGAGAAAACACCCUUUGGCACGAGUUCGUUUCUCAGAUGCAGAACCAACUACUGUCGUCACGACUUGAUAGUAUUUGUUCAUUCACCACUCUGAUUUUAACAAUAUUUUUAUGGGAUUGGGGCGUUAGGUGGACAUAGUUAACUGGCAACGAUUUGAGAUUAACAGGGCGUUGAAUAGUUGCGAUGCGAAUUAUAGCCCCAAAGGGUCGACAUGACAGCAAGACUGCCUUUAUCUAUUUGAAGCCUGUUUGAUUUUACUUUUAUUUUACUCUUAUUUUUUUUAC